AUGUCUCUCUCAGAUUGGCACCUGGCGGUGAAACUGGCUGACCAACCACUUGCCCCAAAAUCUAUUCUUCGGUUGCCAGAGACAGAACUGGGAGAAUACUCACUGGGGGGCUAUAGUAUUUCAUUUCUGAAGCAGCUUAUUGCUGGCAAACUCCAGGAGUCCGUUCCAGACCCUGAGCUGAUUGAUCUAAUCUACUGUGGCCGGAAGCUAAAAGAUGACCAGACCCUUGACUUCUAUGGCAUUCAACCUGGGUCCACAAUCCAUGUUCUUCGCAAGUCUUGGCCAGAGCCUGAUCAGAAACCAGAACCUGUGGACAAAGUGGCUGCCCUGCGGGAGUUCCGGGUGCUGCACACUGCCUUACAAAGCAGCUCUUCCUACAGGGAGGCGGUCUUUAAGAUGCUCAGCAAUAAGGAAUCUCUGGAUCAGAUCAUUGUGGCCACCCCAGGCCUCAGCAGUGACCCCAUUGCUCUUGGGGUUCUCCAGGACAAAGACCUUUUCUCUGUCUUUGCUGAUCCCAACAUGCUUGAUACGUUGGUACCUGCUCACCCAGCCCUAGUCAAUGCCAUUGUCCUGGUUCUGCACUCGGUGGCAGGCAGCACGCCACUACCGGGGGCGGACUCCUCUUCCCGGAGCACACCCUCCAGCUCUUACCGGGACAUGCCAGGUGGUUUCCUGUUUGAGGGGCUUUCUGAUGAUGAGGACGACUUUCACCCAAGAGCCAGGUCCAUGCCCUCUAGCAGCGCACCCAGCUCUCGCCCAGCUUCCUUGGGGUACAGUGGCGCUGCCGGACCCCGACCCAUCACCCAGAGUGAGCUGGCCACUGCCCUGGCCCUGGCCAGCACUCCAGAGAGCAGCUCUCACACGCCGACUCCUGGCACCCAGGGCCAUUCCUCCGGGACCUCACCAAUGUCCUCUGGUGUCCAGUCAGGGACGCCCAUCACUAAUGAUCUCUUCAGCCAAGCCCUCCAGCAUGCCCUGCAGGCCUCUGGGCAGCCCAACCUUCAGAGCCAGUGGCAGCCCCAGCUGCAACAGCUGCGCGACAUGGGCAUUCAGGAUGAUGAGCUGAGCCUGCGGGCCCUACAGGCCACUGGGGGGGACAUCCAAGCAGCUCUGGAGCUCAUUUUUGCCGGAGGAGCCCCAUAA